AUGGAAAACACAACAACCCCAUCUACGAACCAAAAUGACACAUCACACGUCCAUCUACCCAUCAUAGUCCAGACCAUCACCAAGACCCCUACUAAUAUCCUCCCGGCUAAACCGAAGUCCACUCACCGCAAGAUAAGCCCAACACCACAUCAGAUCAUCAAUAUCAAGAACCCUCCCAGCCCAUACGUAAGAAGCCACGAACUCAUUAACUUCUCUGAUGUGCAUCUUACAUGA